GUGGCUGUUUUUUCUACCUGUUGAGCACGGCUUUCUGUGCCCAAAAGCUGGGUUUUAAGACAGCUUGUUGACCAAUUGAGUCCAUCCCUUGCUCAGAUUACUUCUCUUGCCAGGUCUCAUGAAGGUAAAGGCUUCAGAGACGAUGCCUAUAUCGUGUUAGGGACUACAUAUAUUGGCAGCAGCUGCAGUACCAAGUGUCACAGAUGGCAUAACUGGGCUGAGGACAUUUGCUGACAUAAAACUGGGAAUGUCUCCAGCAUUCAGCCACCAUGCUUUUAUAUCAUUUAUCAUUUAUAUGAUCUAGCUGACUAAAUAUGCUUGAUAAAUCUGGAAUCUUCAACACUUCAUCAGCGCCAUAUUCAAAGCAUAGCAUCCUUGUGCAGGUUGAUAUAACAAUCAUAAUCACAAAGCAGAGGGUGGGUUGUAAGUCCAUAUUACUUCACGAGCCGUAAAGUGAGCGUACUUCGUAUCUUCUCGCCAUUCAUGCAGUUGUUACAGCGAGCACACUCAGGACGGCACAGAAAAGAACCUUCAGAAUCAGCCGGUUUGGGCUGGGUUGCCACGGGCACUACUCCGCACCACAGCGCACCGCCACAAGGGAGCAGCGCUGCGCUGACUGACAUUCCCGCCUCAGGCGGGGCCAAUGGACGCUUCUCCGCCGCACGCCCGCUCCCUUCCCUCCCUCCGCGGUCACAUGAUGGAGGCACGGCAUCAUCACGCUUCGCGUCAGCUGGUAAUGCCGGAAGUACUGCGCGCUGGAGCCGUGAGCUACAAUCAUGGCAGCAGUCAGCAAUGAGUCCCGCCAUCCUGUGGAUCCUGGAAGUUCGAAGCUGCAGUUUGCUCCCUUCAGUAGUGCCUUGAACGUAGGAUUCUGGCAUGAACUAACCCAGAAGAAGCUCAAUGAGUACCGAUUAGAUGAGACUCCAAAAGUUAUCAAAGGAUACUACUACAAUGGCGAUCCUUCAGGUUUCCCAGCUCGUUUGACGUUGGAAUUUAGUGCCUUUGAUAUGAAUGCUCCAAUACCAGCACGUUGUUGUCCUGCUUUCGGAACAUUGUAUAAUACCAACACUUUCGAGGCUUUCAAGUCCUGUGAUAAAAAAUCACUUUUGGAAAAAGAAGCAAAUGAGCAUCCAGAAAUCAGGAAGUGUCUAGUUUAAAGUGAAUUACUGCAGUCCAUCUAUCAAUGUGACAAAGUGAUGGGAAACAGCCAGAAGUUUGAGAUAAGGCAAGAGAAAGGUGACUGCCAAAGGAAGGGG